AGUAACCAUGGCGGUCGGCAAAAAUAAGGGUGUCUCUAAAGGAGGCAAGAAAGGUUCGAAAAAGAAGGUUGUGGAUCCGUUCACGCGUAAGGACUGGUACGAUGUCAAGGCCCCGAACAUGUUCAAGAACCGCCAGGUCGGCAAAACCCUGGUUAAUCGUACCCAGGGCACGCGCAUCGCCUCGGAUGGUCUGAAGGGCCGCGUGUUUGAGGUGUCGCUGGCUGACCUGCAAAACGAACCCGAUGCGGAGAGAUCUUUCCGCAAGUUCAAGCUGGUUGCUGAGAGCGUGAACGGUCGCGAUGUUCUUACCAAUUUCCACGGUAUGGACCUUACGACCGACAAGCUGCGAUCCAUGGUCAAGAAAUGGCAAACCCUGAUCGAGUGCGCUGUCGAUGUUAAGACCACCGAUGGCUUCAUGCUGCGUGUGUUCUGCAUUGGUUUCACCAUCAAGGACGCGUUGUCGCAGCGUAAGACCUGCUACGCCCAGCACUCGCAGAUCAAAAACAUUCGCGCGAAAAUGACCGCCAUCAUUAAGCGUGAGAUUACCAACACGGAUCUGAAGGGUGUCGUAGAGAAACUGCUCCCCGAUUCCAUCGCCAAGGAUAUCGAGAAGGCGUGCCAGGUCGUGUACCCUCUGCACGACGUCUACAUUCGCAAGGUCAAGGUAUUGAAGAAGCCGCGAUUCGAUUUGUCCAGCUUGAUGGAAUUACAUGGAGAUGGCGGUGGCAAGGCUGCCGAAGUGUCGACUGGUGCGGCUUCUGGCGUCGUCGUUGACCGUCCAGAAGGCUACGAACCUCCAGUACAGGCGUCCGUUUAAAUAUCUGCGGAAUGCGUAACGGUAGUCUGUCGGUGAUCGCGAAAAGCAUCGGGGUUUCCAUCUUACACCCGGUGGAUCGGCGGAUAACAUGUCCGAAUGUAACAAGUAAUUUUUCCACAAGUAUAAGAGUGACCGAAUAAGAAAAUAUGUGUCGGCAGAGCUCUAUGACGAAGAAAAGGAAAUACAACAAAAGGAUCGUUGUGUA